GAGCUUAAAAGGCAAUAAAGAUAUGUUACGGAUAAUUCCCUAUCGAUUUGGGUAAAUAUGUUUUUCGACACAACUGUUUAGUCACUGACAUAAUGGCUCGGCUGGUGAUCUGUAUUCUUCUGGUUGCUGCUGCGGCAGUACAAGGGCGGCACGAGAAAUAUGAAGGACACCAACUGUACCGUGUGGCCGGUUCAUCAGCAGACAUAAGUGCGCUAGAGGCUUCUUUAGAUAUCAUCUCUGCAACGCCUGGAGCCCGAACGAACUCGGGCAAGAUAGAAGCUCUAAUCAGACUUUCGCCUGAGGUGAAACAGAAAUGGUUGGAAUACUUCGACCAAAACGACAUGUCCUACACGAAGAUAGCCGAUAAUCUGGCUAACAUUCUUCGUCAGGAGGAACAGGAGAUAGCCACAGCAAGAGCAUCUGCAAAUCGUAAUGGAGGAGACAUGAGUUGGGACACUUAUUAUAGACAUUCUGAGAUCAACGAUUAUAUAGACAAGUUAGGAGAACAAUAUCCUGAAUUAGUCACAGUCAUAAACGCUGGCCUCAGCUACGAAGGUAGACAAAUCAAAUACGUCAGGAUCUCAACUACUCGCUUCGAGAACUUAAGAAAACCGGUGAUUGUCAUCGACGCCGCCGUCCACGCCAGAGAAUGGGUCACGCCCCCAGUCGCCUUAUACAUUAUUCACCAGUUGGUAGUAGACAUCGUGGAUAGACAACUGACUGAUGAAAUUGACUGGGUCAUCAUUCCCGUAGUCAACGCUGACGGCUAUGAAUAUUCAAUUGACACGGACCGAAUGUGGCGUAAGACCCGCUCCAGGGCCCACGCAAACUCCGACGCAUGCCCAGGAGUGGACGGCAACAGAAAUUUCGAUCAUCAUUGGGGAACCAGUGCGGCCAGUGCUAAUCCUUGCAGCAUUAUAUAUGAAGGCCCUUCACCUUUCUCUGAACCAGAGAUCAGAGUUCUGCGUGAUGCUGUAUUGAGACAACUCUCUCGGACAGCGCUUUAUAUUUCAUUGCACAGUUUCGGGAACAUGUUCCUCUAUGCUUGGGGCAACAAUGGUACUUUACCAUCAAACGGCCUCUUCCUCCACAUGGCCGGUAUAACAAUGGCAGAAGCUAUCGACGAGCUAGCUCUAGAGGAUGCCAGUCGUUACAUAGUUGGUAACGCCGCAAACGUUCUAUAUUUCACCACGGGCACUUCUCGCGACUGGACUCGAGCUAUCGGUAUCCCUUUGACGUACACCCUCGAGCUUCCAGGUUACGAUUACGGAUUCCUUGUGCCUCCGUCGUACGUGAAACAAAUCGUAACUGAAACAUGGGCGGGUAUCGCAGCUGGCGCACACCUUGUCCUCAACAAUUUAUAAAUAUUUUUAACAAUUCUAUAUCAUUAUGAGAAUUAAAAAUAUAUAUAUAUAUUAUACAUUUAUAAAACAAAUUGUUCUGAUACAUGUUUUUUUUAACCCCUUUUCUAGAUUUAAUGAAAAAAAAUAGUGGAGCUUAUAGUAGC